UUGUAGUCGUAAUGUAGUGUUAGAUGCAGCGCUUACAAUCAGCUUUAGCCCACAUUUAAUCUUUACAAGCUUGUUAGAGUAAAGAGACAUAUGACUCCUUGGAAUAAUUGCUAAUUUCACUUUAUUGACUCAAAUGACCAUGAAUAAGGCUGCAGCUCUGCAGAAAAAGAAGAGAAAAGAUUUUAUACCUUACUUUCUAGGAUUUGUAAUAUUUUUGUAUUGCACGGUCCAUCUUGUAUCAUUUACAGCAAAAACAGCUCAGGGAACCCACUCUGCCAGGGUGCGUCGGGCUCUCGAGAAUGAGACAGAAUGCAUCUCACCACAGUCUUCCGAGUUUCCUGAGGGCUUCUUCACGGUGCAGGAGAGGAAGGACGGAGGCCUCGUCAUUUAUUUUAUGCUUAUUUUCUACAUGCUUUUGGCUGUCGCAAUAGUCUGCGACGAUUACUUUCUGCCAUCCUUAGAAGUGAUCAGUGAACGUCUGGGACUAUCUCAGGAUGUCGCAGGAGCCACAUUUAUGGCAGCUGGGAGUUCUGCACCUGAACUGGUCACAGCCUUUCUGGGUGUGUUUGUGACAAAGGGAGACAUUGGGGUCAGCACCAUCGUGGGAUCGGCAGUGUACAACCUGCUAGGAAUCUGCGCUGCAUGUGGACUCUUGGCCUCUAUGGCAGGGCGACUCACCUGUUGGCCACUGUUCAGGGACUGCCUGGCAUAUGGCAUCAGUGUUGCUGCUGUUAUUGCCAUCAUUUCUGAUAACAAGGUGUACUGGUAUGACGCUGCCUGUCUGCUGCUGGUCUAUGGCGUCUACAUCGUGGUUCUGUGCUUUGACCUUCGCAUCAGUGAGUUUGUCCUGAGGAAGCUGAGCCCUUGCUGCACCUGUCUGGGUAAAGGAUCUGAUGAGAAGACUGAUACACAGCCUCUGAUGGGGUGGAACGAUGACACCCGUCUGCGAGUCCACAGUCGCUCCAGAACAGACAGUGGGAUCUUCCAGGACGACUCAGGAUACUCUCACCUGUCCCUCAGCCUGCAUGGCCUCAAUGAGAUUCCUGAAGCAGAGCAUAAAAGUGUGUUUUCCGUGCCAGAGAGCGACCUGAAACGGAUCCUCUGGGUUCUGUCUCUGCCCAUCAUCACUCUGCUUUUCCUGACCAUCCCUGACUGCAGGAGAAGGUUCUGGAAGCACUGGUUCAUGAUAACCUUCCUCAUGUCAGCCGUCUGGAUCUCAGGUUUCACAUACAUGAUGGUGUGGAUGGUCACUGUUGUCGGUGAGACUCUUGGCAUCCCUGACACAGUUAUGGGCCUCACUCUGCUUGCUGCUGGAACCAGUAUACCUGACACCGUGGCCAGUGUGAUGGUGGCCAGAGAAGGGAAAGCUGACAUGGCCAUGUCCAACAUUGUGGGCUCUAAUGUUUUCGACAUGCUGUGCCUGGGCCUGCCUUGGUUCAUCAAGACUGCCUUUGUGGACACCAACAACCCUGUAGAGGUCAACAGCACUGGACUGGUCUUCAUUUCCUCCACACUGCUCCUUUCCAUCAUCUUCCUUUUUGUAGCCGUUCAUAUUAACGGAUGGAAGUUGGAUUGGAAGUUGGGAAUCGUUUCUCUUCUCUGCUACAUCCUCUUUGCCACUCUGUCCAUCUUGUAUGAGCUGGGGAUUAUUGGGAAUAAUCCUAUAAGACUGUGCAGUGACUGAAAUCUGACCUCCCCAGGACUGAAGCCAUAUUCUCAAGACUAACAAAAGUCCAAAACCACAAAAUUUUAAGCCUAUAAUAAAUCUUCAAAUGUCAAGAAAAUGAAGCACUCCUACUCAUAUACUUUUAAAGAUUUUGCACCAUGUGCUGGUCACAUCUCAUGAAGAGGAUGAUCUCUAUUACUAACAUUUCAGUAAAGGUGGAAAUGUACUAAAGAUCAUUCUUUUGUGUGUGCAUGUCAGAUCCAUAAGACCAGGCUUAUCAUACAAUGAAGACCCAUUAUGAAGUUCUGAGAUGUCUUCUGUCUUACUCAAGGCCCAUGAACGGAAAAUGUGCUGUCACAGGAAUGACUGCUGAGUUAAAAAAAAAAUCCAGAACUGACAAGUCAGUCUAGUAAUAAAAGGUGUCAACUUAA